AUGACCCGGCAGCACCAACUCUUCACGACCCUGGCUGAAUCCAGAGACCGACUUCAGCUGAUUAGGUCCCUCAGUGUCAUAAUUGGGCCACCCCACUACUCACACGGCUAUCUCAUGUACGCUCUUCUUGAGCUUCUGCCCUCAAUGUCUCAGCUGCGGGAUCUCGCGGUUUUGAGAACUCCAUCCAUGGACAUGGAUCUCUAUCCUACAAUCAAGUAUUUGGGAAAAUCUUCACAGAUUGCAGCAUUCCUAGAGGAAAACUGCGGAGUUGUAUCCCCAACCCUCACAUCCCUCCAACUCGAAAUACCGCUUCCGACUGGUUUGUUUCAACCUCUAGACUUUCAAAAAGGCAAGAUAAGACUCAGGUCGCUCGAACUAAUGUACCCUUAUGCCGUACAAAGUGCGAGAGACCUGGUCAGUCCCUCUCUAGAACGUCUAGCAAUCAACGGAGACGUUGUUCUCUUGAAUAAUCUAUUCAAAGUAGCGUACAUAGAUAAAGAGGACGCAACAGUGACAACUUUUUCUCCAACCCAUCUCUAUCUGGAUAACCAUUCGACUCUCCCGCUCUGGCGAUCCAGAAUGCGCUUGGCUGGUGAAUCUAUGUCAGGAAAUACAUCGUUACAACUCCCAGAUACCUCCCGUCUGAGGUCUCUCGAGAUCUCCAGCUCGCUCGUCGACGAGCUGGCGAACUUGGACAAACGUCCAACCACAGCCUUGGACACUACUCCAUCCUCUCACUCCCGUUUCUCAUCUGUCACUCACCUCGGCAUCUUUUCUCCUCCACUCGCCGAGCCAAACUAUGCAAUCGAACGACGUUUCCUUAGAAUGUGGUCAGAAGAAACGCAAACAUCGUCGAGCAAUAUGGUUCGAAUCUUGUCAAGCUUUCCAAACCUUCGCUCGCUCUCUUUGCAACGCGAAGACGUCGGCGAUUGGCCUGACCGAGUUGUGGAUGCUGUCCGGAGGAGUGGCGGGCCGUCAAGCAUCUCAUUACUCCCAGGAAUGGAAGAUCCACUCACCACACUACUCACUUUGCUGAGGGUAACUUGCCCCUGGCUGGAAGUCGUGCUAUAUCGUUCUCAUUCAAGCCACGCAAGCGGAAUGGGCGUUCUUGAUCGUGAAAGCGGCAGAUGGAACUACCAAGCUAUCGAGGACGAAGAAUGUAGUCGAUAUUGGACGACUGUCUAA